AUGUCGACAGACCCCUCUCGGCCAAACAUCGUGCUGAUCCUGGCCGACAACCUCGGCUGGGGCGAGCUGGGCUGCUAUGGCGGAGGAGCGCUGCGCGGGGCGGCGACGCCCAACAUUGACCGGCUGGCGAGCCAAGGCCUUCUGCUGCACAACUUCAACGUGGAGAGUGACUGCGUGCCGACGCGCUCGGCGCUGAUGACAGGGCGCCACCCUAUCCGGACAGGGUGCCGGCAGUCGGUGCCCCCGGGGUUCCCGCAGGGGUUGACGCCGUGGGAGCGCACGCUGGCCGAGGAGCUGCGCGAGACGGCGGGGUACCAGACGGCUCACCAUGGGAAAUGGCACCUGGGCGAUAUCGAGGGCAGGUAUCCGAGUGACCGCGGGUUCGACGAGUGGUACGGCAUCCCGCGCACGACGGACGAGACGCAGUUCACCAGCUCGCCCGGGUUCUCGCCCGAGAUCGCCGAGCUGCCGUAUAUCAUGCAGGGGCGGACGGGCGAGCCCUCGACCAACGUGUGCGUGUACGAUCUGGAGCAGCGGCGGCUGAUUGACGAAACGCUGGUGCGCAAGUCCAAGGACUGGUUGGCCCGCGCGACGGCCACGGGCCGCCCCUUCUUCCUCUACCACCCGUUGGUGCAUCUGCACUUCCCGACGCUGCCGCACGGGGAUUUUGCCGGCACGACGGGCCACGGCGACUUUGCCGACUCGAUGGCGGAGAUGGACCACCGCGUCGGCGAGCUGCUGGCCUUCCUCGACGAGCAAAACGGAGACGAGGACGUGCGCAACAACACGGUGGUCAUCUUCGCGUCGGAUAACGGCCCAGAGUUCCGCGAGCCGUACCGCGGCACCGCAGGCCCGUGGACAGGCACGUACCACACCGCCAUGGAGGGCAGCCUGCGCGUGCCGUUCAUCAUCCGCUGGCCGGGGCGGGUGCCCGCGGGGAUCACCUCCAACGAGCUCGUGCACGUCACAGACAUCUUCACCACCCUACUGCACGUCGCGGGCACGGUCCUGCCGACCGACCGCCCCAUCGACGGCGUCAACCAGCUGCCCUUCUUCCUGAACCCAACGGGGGUGAAGUCGCCUCGCGACGGCUUCCUCUUCUACAUCAAGAAGGAGCUCGUCGCCAUCAAAUGGCGCGACUGGAAGCUGCAUUUCAUCUGGUCGCCGGCAGUCAACGAGUCAAAGGGCAAGCUCGAAAGCCCCUACCUGUUCAACGUUGUGCGCGAUCCUAAGGAGGAGUCGAACGUCAUGGCCGUCAACACCUGGGUGCUGCAGCCUAUCCUGCGCCUGCGCGCCGCCUUUCUGCGCAGUCUCGCCGGCGACCCGGCCCCGCGAGACGAGCUCAAGGAGGACUGGGAUUUGUGA